GUUUCGACAGCUUGACUUGGAAAAGCAGCGGAUUCUGUAAAAAUUCUUGGGACGCUGAUUUAAGAUAUCCGCCGCAUGUGGUCUCGCUCCAUGAUGAUUUUUUGAGCACCAUUUGUCUCGGUGUACUUGUGUCAGAAAAUUUCACUUUGACUUCAUGCCAAUGCCUACGGCACCAUAGUCGUCCAAAAACAGUCAAAAUCAGCUAUCAUGACAUUAUCAACAUUUCGGAAAUGAUGUGCCAUCCAGACUUUAAUUCCGCCAACUUUCAAAAUGAUAUCGGGGUUGUGCGGUUAUCCACUGCCGUUACACUAUCCAGUAAAUUGGUUCCGGCCUGUUUGGCAAAUAGUUUGUCGGAGAACCACGAGGACGCUAUGUUACAAACACGGCUUUUGCACGUUGGUGAUGUAUUUCAACGAUCAUCGUAUGACUACAUCGGUACAAAGGACGAAUGCGACAAGUUGAUCAAAGAACCACAUCUCCUGAAACCUGGCCAGGCAUGUCUGAUCAACCCUAGCUCGGAAAUGAACAAAUUCAACGGAAGUAUUGUGCAGAUGGUAGAUAGUCGGACCUGUCGCUUCACGGUGACUGGAAUAGGGAGCACUGCCAUUGAAAAUCCUGAUAUCAGUUCAGCCCACAGAGUUGGCAUUGUUCAUCGUAUUGACCACUAUCUAGAUUGGAUAGAGAAGAUCGUGUGGGAGAAGAGUUUCCACUGUGCAAUGGGUAGACCUCUGGUUGCCACAAGCUUAUUUAGAGUAAGGUGUGUUUAAUAUUU